UCUCUUCUUUCAGCUGUCAGCCACAUUGCGAGCUGUGUUACAUUUUUGGUGACUGUGUUUAUAUAUUUUAUUAAGAAUUUUUUAAAACUAAAAAAAACAUUUUAACAAUUUUCGCUUUAGGAAGAAGCAAACUUUAAAAAAUGCCACCGAAAAAAGUACCAGCUACGAGUAAAAAAACCGAACAAAAAAAAAAAGAAAAAGUUAUUGAGGAUAAAACAUUUGGUUUGAAAAAUAAAAAAGGUGCUAAGCAGCAAAAAUUUAUUCAACAAGUAGAAAAGCAAGUCAAAAGUGGGGGUGUUCAUCCGUUAAAUCCGGCUAAUGCUAAAAAAGAAGAAAAAGAAAAAAAGUUAAAGGAGCAAAAAGAAUUAGCACAACUAUUCAAGCCAGUUCAAACACAAAAGAUAGAAAAAGGAACUGACCCUAAAUCUGUGGUAUGUGCGUUUUUUAAGGCCGGUCAAUGUGGAAAAGGUGAUAAAUGUAAAUUUUCACAUGACUUGACUAUGGAUAAUAAGGUCGAAAAAAGGUCGGUUUAUGUUGAUAUGAGAGAUGAUGACACAAUGGACAACUGGGACGAUGCAAAAUUGCAGGAUGUUGUUGACCAAAAACACGGUAAAGAGAAAAAUAGACCGACAACGGAAAUUAUUUGUAAAUAUUUUAUUGAAGCUGUAGAGAAAUCAAAAUACGGAUGGUUUUGGGAAUGUCCUAAUGGGGAUAAAUGUAUUUACAGGCAUGCCCUUCCUCAAGGUUAUGUUUUAAAAAAAGAUAAAAAGAAAAUGGAUGAAAUGAAGGUCGAAAUUUCACUAGUUGAUUUAAUUGAAAGGGAACGAGCGGCGCUUGGACCAAAUCAAACGAAGAUUACUCUAGAAACAUUUUUGGCUUGGAAAAAAAGGAAAAUUCAGGAGAAAAAAGAUAAACUCGCUGCGGAAGAGGAGAAGAAAAAGAAUGAUUAUAAACAAGGAAAGCAAUUUGGUUUAUCUGGUAGAGAAAUGUUCAGUUUUAACCCCGAUUUAGUAGACGAUGGACAAAUAGAUGAAGAUGAUGCUGCAUACGCAGAAUACGCCCGUUCAGAGGAAGACGACGAUACUGUAGAGUUUAGAGAACUUGAUUUGAAUGAAUUAUCGUUAGCAGCACAAGAGGUUGAUGGUUCUGGAACUGUAGCCCAAGAUACUCGAAAUUCACAUCUUUCAAAUGGAUUGGAUGACGAGGGCAGUAAUUUAGCUUCUGCCUUGGUAGGGGACGAGGCAGUACCUAUAAACGAAAAUUUAUUCUUGGAUGAAGAUUGUUUAGAUGGUCUAGAUAACGAAUUAAAUGACUUAGAUCUUGAAGAUGCAGAUGAUUAGAAAACAAAUUAAUUUAUAAAAUACUACAUUAUGCGGCGAAAAGUGUAUUUCAAAAAUUAAAAUAAAAAUAUAUGAUUUCAAUUAAAGA